GGCCCUUUAUAUAUCUCCAGGCAGCCAUGGCGAACACAUCUGGCUCCAGAAGCCCCCACCGAAGCUGGCCUUGCUCUCUCUCGCCAUGGCCUCUCACUCAGGCCCCGCGACGUCCGUGCUGUUUCUGCUGUGCUGCCUGGGAGGCUGGCUGACCUCCCACACGUUGCCUGUCCAUUUCCUACGACCAAGUGAUAUACAGAAAAUAGUCGAGGAAUUACAGUCCCUCUCGAAGAUGCUUUUGAAAGAUGUGGAGGAAGACAAAGGGGUGCUCGUGUCCCAGAAUUACACGCUGCCGUGUCUCACCCCUGACGCCCAGCCGCCAAACAUCAUCCACAGCCCAGCCAUCCGGGCAUAUCUCAAGAUAAUCAGACAGUUAGACAACAGACCUGUUAUUGAUGAGAUCAUAGAGCACCUCGACAAACUCAUAUUUCAAGAUGCACCAGAAACAAACAUUUCUGUGCCAACAGACACCCACGAAUGUAAACGCUUCAUCCUGACUAUUUCUCAACAGUUUUCAGAGUGCAUGGACCUUGCAUUAAAAUCAUUGACUUCCGGAGCCCAGCAGGCCACCACUUAAGGCCAUCUCUUCCUUUCAGAAUGGCAGGAACUUAAGGAGACUUAAAAAGAUGAUCGACAACUAAGUGUGGGAACUCUGCCGUGAUUCCUUAAGUACAUUUU